AUGCCGUCAUACACACAGAAUCCCGGGCCUUCUGACUCGCCGGGCGGGAAGAAUAACUCUGUGGCUAUUGCUGAUGUUGAUUUGGAAGACAGGAAAAAUAAAUUGGAUAGCGUGAAGACUCUGAAAACAGCAAAGACAAAACGGAAGAAUUCAGCUCAGUCACCUUCGGGUCAGAGGACCAAAAAGCUGAAAGUUGAUGAAGAAACCAACAUGGUCAACACUGCCGAGACACCAUCCACGAGCACCGUGUGGGAAGGUGCAUGCAAGAAGGAAGAGAAUGAAGAUGACUUUACAUUUGGUCAGUCCCCUUUAAAGAAAAUGAAGACUGAAACAUGUCCUCAGGGGCAGCCUGUGAGGUUUCCAGCAAAUGCCAACAGCAUUAAAGAGGAGGUGGAAAUGAACUGGGACAUAGUACAGGUUUUAUCUGAGAGAACUAAUAUUGAACUUUGGGUUUGUGCCAACAUUAUUCGUCUCUUUAAUGAUGAUAACACAAUUCCCUUCAUUAUACGGUAUCGAAAAGAGCUUAUUAAUAACCUCGAUGCUGAUUCCUUGAGAGAAGUUCGACAAACCUUGGAGGAGCUCCGGGCUGUUGCAAAGAAGGUUCAUAGUACAAUCCAAAAAAUUAAGAAGGAGGGAAAGAUGUCUGAGUGCUUGUUAAAAACCUUGCUGAACUGUAAAACUUUUGAAGAACUAGAACAUGUGUCAGCUCCAUAUAAAACUGGAAGCAAAGGCACCAAAGCCCAGAGAGCAAAGCAGUUGGGAUUAGAAGGAGCAGCCAAGAUACUGCUUGAGAAUCCAGGACAGCUCAAUCUGCUAUCUUACAUUAGACCCAAUAUAAAAGGACUUUCAGCACUCCAGGAUAUUGAAACAGGAGUGCAGCAUAUUUUAGCAGACAUGAUUGCUAAAGACAAAGACACGCUUGACUUCAUUCGGAAAUUGUGCCAAAAUAGGUAUAUUUGUAUCCAGUCAUCUCUAGCAAAGGUGUCCUCAAAAAAAGUAAAUGAGAAAGAUGUUGAUAAGUUUCUGCUCUACCAGAAUUUUUCAUGCAACAUAAGAAACAUCCAACAUCAUCAGGCUUUUCUUUUUUGCAGGUGGAGACCACGUGGCUUUGCAAGGCCAGAGUUAAUGAAGAUCUUACACAAUUCACUUGAUGAUUCUUUUAAACGCCUUAUUUAUCCUCUCCUCUGUAGAGAGUUCAGAGCCAAACUAACAUCAGAUGCAGAGAAGGAAUCAGUAAUGAUGUUUGGACGGAACCUUCGUCAGCUCCUUUUAACAAGCCCUGUUCCAGGGCGCACCAUGAUGGGAGUGGAUCCUGGUUACAAACAUGGUUGCAAAUUGGCUAUAAUUUCUCCUACCAGUCAGAUACUCCAUACUGACGUGGUUUACUUGCAUUGUGGACAAGGCUUCCGAGAGGCAGAGAAAAUAAAGCGGCUUUUGCUGAAUUUCAACUGCAGCACGGUGGUGAUUGGAAAUGGAACUGCCUGCCGGGAAACAGAAGCUUACUUUGCUGACCUGAUAAUGAAAAAUUACUUUUCACCACUGGAUGUUGUUUACUGUAUCGUCAGUGAAGCAGGGGCAUCAAUCUACAGUGUCAGCCCUGAAGCUAACAAAGAGAUGCCAGGGCUGGACCCUAAUUUGAGAAGUGCAGUUUCCAUAGCAAGGCGUGUACAAGACCCAUUAGCUGAGCUGGUGAAAAUUGAGCCGAAGCACAUUGGAGUUGGAAUGUACCAGCACGAUGUAUCUCAGACUUUACUCAAGGCAACACUGGACAGUGUUGUAGAAGAAUGUGUCAGCUUUGUGGGAGUGGAUAUUAACAUCUGUUCAGAAGUUUUGUUAAGGCAUAUUGCAGGACUCAAUGCCAACCGAGCCAAAAGUAUUAUUGAGUGGCGAGAGAAAAAUGGGCCCUUCGUCAAUCGAGAGCAGCUAAAGAAAGUGAAAGGUCUGGGUCCAAAAUCUUUCCAACAGUGUGCUGGCUUCAUCAGAAUCAACCAGGAUUAUAUCCGAACAUUUUGCAGUCAGCAAACUGAAUCUGCCGGUCAAGUUCAGGGAGUUGCUGUGACAUCUUCAGCAGGUGUUGAGGUCACAAAUGAGAAGCAGGGCAAGAAGAAGAGCAAAACUGCAGUGAAUGUUGUGCUGAAGCCAAAUCCUUUGGACCAAACUUGUAUUCACCCGGAAUCGUAUGACAUAGCAAUGAGGUUUUUGUCAUUCAUCAGAGGGACACUGUAUGAGAUUGGAAAGCCUGAAAUGGAACAAAAAAUAAAUUCAUUCCUUGAAAAGGAAGGAAUAGAGAAAAUUGCAGAAAGUUUGCAAACAACAGUUCACACCUUACAGGUCAUCAUAGAUGGUCUCAGCCAGCCUGAAAGCUUCGAUUUUCGAACAGAUUUUGAUAAACCUGAUUUCAAGAGAAGCAUUGUCUGCUUGGAAGACCUGCAGGUUGGGACAGUUCUUACAGGCAAAGUCGAGAAUGCCACUCUGUUUGGAAUUUUUGUAGAUAUAGGAGUGGGGAGAUCAGGGCUGAUUCCCAUACGAAAUGUAACAGAAGCAAAACUUUCUAAAACAAAGAAGAGAAGGAGUCUUGGACUGGGCCCUGGAGAAAGAGUGGAAGUCCAAGUACUCAACAUUGACAUCCCCCGAUCGAGGAUUACUCUGGACCUCAUUCGGGUGUUGUGAGUGUCGCACUAAAGAUCAAACACUGAUUUUAUUUUCUCGUUUCUAGAGAUGGGCAAGAAUAAGUCAGGUGUUUGUGAAUUCUAGGUGGCAGAUGAGAAAGAAUUCACUCAAUAUCAGAAGUAUUUUUCAAACACUUGCCUUACUUUUCCUUCUGAAUAAAUAGGAAACUAACAGCUCAAUUUCUUUUCCCCUUAAAGAAAACAACUAAUAGACAUCCUCAUGUGGUUUUAUUUAGUAAUGAUUUUCUGACCCAAAUUUUAUUUUUUGUACUUCAUCUUUGACUCCUUUUGCAUUUUGUAUAACAGAUUGUCGUUUCAUUUCUACUUGCCAGCUUGCUUUGCUGGACUUGUAUGGAAUUGUCUUCUUGAUUUGAAUUGUACAUUGUUUCUUGACAUAGGGCAGGCAGUGGUUAGCCCUCCCUUUUUACAGAUUUUUUAAUCAGGCCUUUUGGACUUGAUUCAUGAUUUUCUCUUGCCAAGCAAAUAAAAAAUACGCCAAUUAGAUAGAUCCUGAUGUGUUUGUAACCAUCAAGUGAAUGGCUCAAAACAUUUCUGAGAAGUAUAUAUGUAUUGAUCCCUACAAUAAAGUUCUGUGGCUAGUGAC